GUAAUGAUGGUUGUCGUGUGUCCCAUCCUACCAUUUUCAGAAAAAUGUUCGUUGGUGGUCUGAGCUGGGAUACAAGCAAAAAAGACUUAAAGGACUAUUUUACUAAAUUUGGAGAGGUCGUUGAUUGUACAAUAAAGAUGGAUCCUAAUACUGGACGGUCAAGAGGGUUUGGCUUUAUCCUCUUUAAAGACGCUACCAGUGUGGAGAAGGUCCUAGACCAGAAGGAACACAGGCUCGAUGGCCGGGUCAUUGACCCCAAAAAGGCCAUGGCUAUGAAGAAGGACCCUGUGAAGAAAAUCUUUGUGGGGGGCCUGAAUCCUGAAGCCACUGAAGAAAAGAUCAGGGAGUACUUCGGAGAGUUUGGGGAGAUCGAGGCCAUUGAACUUCCAAUGGAUCCCAAGUUGAACAAAAGACGGGGUUUUGUUUUUAUCACUUUUAAAGAAGAAGAUCCCGUGAAGAAAGUUCUGGAGAAAAAGUUCCACACCAUCAGUGGAAGCAAGUGUGAGAUCAAGGUGGCCCAGCCCAAAGAAGUCUAUCAGCAGCAGCAGUACGGCUCAGGGGGCCGUGGAAACCGCAACCGAGGGAACCGAGGCAGCAGUGGCGGUGGUGGUGGAGGUCAGAGUCAGAGUUGGAAUCAGGGCUACGGCAACUACUGGAACCAGGGCUACGGCUACCAGCAGGGCUACGGGCCCGGCUAUGGCGGCUACGACUACUCGCCCUAUGGCUAUUACGGCUACGGCCCCGGCUACGACUACAGUCAGGGUAGUACAAAUUACGGGAAGAGCCAGCGACGCGGUGGCCAUCAGAAUAACUACAAGCCAUACUGAGGUGGCAGCAGGAGCGGCCGGCUGACUGACCGCACACGCUUUGUUUGGAUACGGAGUAAACGCAAUUAUGUACCAAAUUUAACUUGGCAAACUUUCUAUGGCCUACCCCUGUGCAUCUUAUUUAAAAAUUUUCCCUUGGAAAUCACUCUCCUGUUUACUAUUUCCAGAGCUCUAGUUUUAGGCAGCGUGUGGUGUCUCAAGAGGCCAGAGUGGCAUUAGGGGCUGGUUGUAUUACCGGGUCACUCAACCAGAGUGGAGGGUCUGCUUCCUGCUGUCGCUCUGCAGCCUAGACCUGUGGACCCAGGUUGUAAAGAGUAAAUUGUAUCUUAGGAGACCAGUGUCACCUUUUUUUCACCUUUUAAUUUUAUAUUAUUUGUGUCAUACAUUUCCUGUAAUGGAAGUGUUAAUUUUACUGUACUUUUUGGUACCUUGGGGAAUCUAAUGUAUUGUAAGGUAUUUUACACGUGUCCUGAUUUUUGCCACGACCUGGAUACUGAAGCUAUCCAAGCUUUUGAAAUAAAAUUGUAAAAACCCCCGAGCCUGGGUGAGUAUGGAGAGCUGUGUGAUUGGGAAUGCCAGAUGUGUGGCACUGGGCCUCCUCCCAUAGCUGCCCAGUCCUGGAGUGCAACCUGGAGGGACUGCUCACGCCCUGUCCGAGCCAGUUGUGUUCCGAGUCUGUCUGGGGACAGGAGCCUAUCAGGCCUAACCCGCUCCAGUCCUUGGUUACUGCCCCCACUGACGGGGAGUUAUGGAGUGUGGUGGGAUCUUCUGAUAGGAGUUGGGUAGUCACUACCAGGGUGGCCAGAGCCUUCCUCUGGGAAGGAAGCAGUGGGGAGGGGUCACCACUCAGAACAGGAACAUCUCUGGAUCUCUAGACACAAGCAGUCACUCACCUGGAGGGCGGAUGCAUGACUGAUCCCGGGCAGGCUCAGGCCUGAAGUCUCAGUGUCUCACAGCUUCUGACUUUCUCUUCCAUGUCUGAAAAAGGUCACCCUAUAACUGGAUCAGCCUUGCUGCGGUGCUUUCAGUUUCCCAAGUGCUUGCUUGGGUGGCCUUUAGGAGAUCAGGCUCACCCUUCACCCACACACCCUCGAGUAGUGUCCUUUUCUCGCAUACUGGCCCCCAGUUUUCGCGAGACUUCUGGCUGUCUCGGAACUCUCCAUCACUUCUGUGGGCAGGCAGCCCCCACCACCUCUGGCAGGGACUAGGUCUCCUCAGCCCAAAGCCCCUGGGCAUAGGUGUCCAAGGGCUGCUGCUGAUGGUUCUGACCCCUCUCUGGGGGCUUACAGAGUUUACCCAUGUCACAGCCUCAGUGCAUAGCCCCAUCCAGUUUGGUAGUGAUUUCCCUGAAAAUAUUUUAGGUGUAGCACAGGCUAGCCUUGAUCUUCCUAGGUGAUGAGGAUUGUAGCACAGUCCCAUUCCAGCAGCUUAGCAACUGAGGUGGUCAAAGCCCCGCUGUCCACCCCCAGUAUAACUGCGCACAUAAUCACAUCUGAUUGCACAGGCCUAAAACUGGGUCCCACACCGAUGCCUGUCCCACUCUUCCGCACUCCAAUCUAGUAAAUCCUGGGAAGGAACUGGGAAGGCCCCUCCAUUGAGCGUGUGCUGUUCCCACAUGCUGCUUUCUGGAGAUUGCCCAGCUGCCGCUCAGGCUCACCUGUCAGAAUGGCAUCCAGCGUAGCCACCACCUGCCAUGCAUUGUCCCUGCUGAAACACAUUGGAGGCUUAAACUUAAGUAUGUUCCUUCCAGGGCCAUCCGUGCUCAGCAAGAUACAGUUCUCCUUCAGCCUGUGAGGGUAGAACAUGAUUUUACAUGGCCUUCCAAGCCUUUCUUGGCCUGGUGUGUGGGACUCCAGCCACAGUGCCCUCAGUCAUUCAGAGAUCGCUUCCUACCAGGACACCACUUGCCUCUGGCUGGACAUCAGCAGCCCAUGUUUGGCCUGAGUUACGCACCCAUGACCCUGAGUUUGCUUGCCUCCUUCCCAGGACUCAUGAAGGUUUGAGUACAGUUCCCACUGCCCACGGUUACACUAGACUGCAGUGAGAGUUGGCCGAGUGGUUUUUCUUUUUCCCCUUUGUAGCACCAGGGUGGGACAUCCUAAGGUGCCUCGUCCCUAGCCCUUUAUUAAAAAAUUGAGUCAGGCUGGGCAGAAUAGGCUGAGGCAGGAGGAUUGCAAUGAGUUUAACACCAGUCUAGGCUGUAUAAUAAGACCAGCCUGAACUAAAGCAUAGAUCUUUGUCUCAAGCUCCACCCUUUAAAAAACAAUGAAUCAAAAACAACCAGAAACAACAAAAAACAUUGCAUCUCAGGGUCUCAUUAGGUUGCAUGGCAAGGCUCAAACUGAUCUCCUGCCUCAGUCUUUGAGAAUCCUCGGGGUCACUUGCUUGUGCCACUAAAAUUUCUAUUUUUACUCAUGGUGUAGAUGAAAGGUAAUCAUUUCUUACGCGGACAUUGUCCAACAUAAAUCGAACAAGGUCUUAUCACUCGACCUAGCUUCUAUAACUUGCCGCUUAGGAGUACUUUGCAGUUCCACAAAGGAGUAUUUUAAAUUUCCCAUUCUGUGAGGAAGAUUACUGUCUUCCUCAUUGUGCCUAAGAAUCAUUUGUAUUUUGGCUGCCUGAGAAAGGGGGUCUGACUGUAUUUUAACUGGGAAGAUGAGGCAGGGCGUCCCUUCCGUCUUUUUUUCUGGCUCUUUCCUAUUAAUGGUGCUAGGAAGAACAAGGUUUGGACUUUGUAGUCAAGUACCCCGGCAACAGGUCCCUGUGAGUGCAGGUGGAAUAGCCUGCCUCAAGCAAGAUUCCCCGAGGGUCACGAGAUGAAAAGAACUAAGUCUGGGCUUGGCUUCUUUGCCACCUGAGCAUUCAAAACCCCAAGGCUGAUCAAUGAGGUCAGUCCCUUGCUUGUGAAGGAGGGAGGUUUCAAUCAGUUCUGUGUAGGUGCAUUGGCGCUGAUCAUCUGUCCCCCAAUUGGAGCAGAAGUAAACCACUAGAGGGCAUUUCCAUGGUGGGCCAGGGCAUGGAGGGUGGAGAAAAGGUAAGGGAGCCCUAAGGCCUGAGGCCCUGCUUGGGGCUCAGCUUGGGUGGGUGUGUGAGCCUUAUGUGGGUUCACAAAGACAACUCCCUGGCUGAGCCAUUUGGUCCUGUCCAUCCUGACAACUCACCACUCUGGGCAGCCCUUGGGCAUCACUCCACCAAGAGCCCUUGUGUGAAACUCGGCUGGUUCUAAGCAGCCUGCCAACUUUGGUGUGCUUGGCAGAGCAGUGCACAGGGCUGGGGAGAGCUCUGGUGCUGUGCACUGGGUACAGACAGACACACUGUCUUGGGACCUGGAUCUCUGGAGGUGAGGCACAGUCCUGCAGCCAGGAGUGAGCCUGGAGAAGUAGGACACGUGUGGAUGGACAGGCCAGAGGCAAGCUUAGGGCCUUCUGCUGUGAAGUGGUGUGGUACCAUAGUGCUUUCUGCUGUAUGGGGCCAUUUGUUUUGAGGUAACAAUACCUGGAUACCAAGUAGUUGGCCUCUUCUGUCGCUGGAGUCCUUGUGGCCUUGUCUUUCACUAGAUCCACGCCAAUGAAGAGCCCAACGCCCCUGGAAGAGAAGGUGGGGUCUGAGGGACCACAGCAGUUGUGGCACUCUCUUGUGACCCUGAAAAGAGGCCAGAACAGUUACAGAGAGUGCCAGGAGGGAGAAGGGGCUGCUGGUGGGGACAGUAAGCACACUGGCAUCAGAUUGGACCUGGCUUUCCCCUCCUGAAAGUGGUGUGUUGGGCAGCAGCACCUCUCCACCUCAGUUUCUCCCCUAGAGCGCUUA